AUGAGGGUCUGUUUAGCACUUUUUACCGUUUUUGUGGCAGCAUAUUGCCGUAAGGUCUUCACUGGGGACCAGGUUCUUCGAGUUAAUGCAAAAUCUGAGGAGCAAAUUCAGCUCUUAAAGGAGUUGGAGAACAGAGAAGUGUUGGAGCUGGACUUCUGGACUCAUCCGGUGUCCAGUGACCUUCCAGUUGACAUCCAUGUGCCCUAUGGCAGUCUGAGCGCUGUCUGGAAAUUCCUUCAGGAGAACGAGAUCCCGUUCCAUGUUAUGAUCAAGGAUUUGCAGGAACUCGUGGAUAAGGAGCAGGAAGAUUUACAGCGUAAUGCCAUGAAGGGUGGUGAUGAAAAGAGCUUCAACUAUGCAACAUACCACCGGCUUGAUACAAUCUACAGUUGGAUGGACAGUAUGGUGGCCAGUUAUCCCAAUUUGAUAUCCAAAGUGCAGAUCGGAAGUUCUUACGAGAACCGUCCCAUGUAUGUGCUAAAGUUUAGCACUGGUGGAAGCAACAGGCCUGCAAUCUGGAUUGAUGCUGGAAUACACUCUAGAGAGUGGAUCUCAACCGCCUCCGCUUUGUGGAUGGCUAACAAGAUGGCUACAGAUUUUGGCGUUGAUCCUUCUGUGACUUCUCUUCUGGGAAAAAUGGACGUCUAUCUGAUGGUCGUGACCAACCCUGAUGGCUAUGCCUACACCCAUACUAAUAACCGUAUGUGGCGCAAGACCCGCUCUGUCAACCCUGGUAACUCGUGCCGAGGUGUCGACCCCAACCGAAACUGGGAUGCUGGCUUUGGUGGCCCUGGUGCCAGUAGGAACCCGUGCUCUGAUUCCUACCAUGGACCUUCUGCACACUCCGAGAUCGAAGUGAAGAAUAUCGUGGACCUCAUCAGGAACCAUGGCAACUUCAAGUCCUUCAUCUCCAUCCAUGCCUACUCUCAGCUCCUCAUGUACCCGUAUGGAUACAUCUGCAACAGCAUCGCUGACCAGGCUGAACUCGAUUCUGUGGGUAGACGUGCAGUGCAGGCCCUCAGCUCUGUGUAUGGAACCAGCUACAGAGUCGGAAACAUUUGCAAAAUCAUCUAUCAAGCCAGUGGUGGAAGCAUUGACUGGAGUUACAACAGCGGUGUCAAAUACUCCUUUGCCUUUGAGUUGCGUGACACCGGUCGCUAUGGCUUCCUCCUCCCGGCCAAUCAGAUCAUCCCAACUGCGACUGAGACCUGGCUGGCUCUUAAGUACAUCAUGGAAUAUGUGUCUGACCAUCCUUAUUAG